UACAUAUCUUUGUCUUUUGCAAUUGCUCAGACCCUCUCUAAGCCCCCUGACUGACCCAUUCGGCCACAUGAACAACACAUGAAAAACAUGGACCCUGACUGGUCUUUUUAGAUCAAAGAUAACAGAGGAGCUGAUGACUAUGAGACAACCUUCUGACUGUUUGUUCAAAGUGCAUAAAACUUCCUCUUUGUAAAUACUAUUGUUACUACAGUUGAGGCAAAAUGGAUCUUACAACCAAACAUGGACUGGUGCUGCUCGACCAGCUGAAGAAGAUGAGGGAGUCUGAGCAUCUGACAGACGUUGUGCUGGUUGCUGAGGGCAUCAGCUUCCCCUGUCACCGGGUCAUCCUGUCCGCCUUUAGCCCAUAUUUCCGUGUAAUGUUUACAUGUGGCCUGCGUGAGUGCAACAACAGAGAAAUAUUCUUGCGCGACACCCCCGCAGACAGUCUGGCCCUCCUCUUGAAUUACAUGUACUGCUCAGAUCUUCCUCUCACUAAUGCCAAUGUACAAGGCAUCUCUAUUGCAGCUUUCCUCCUGCAGAUGGAUGACGUUUUCACUCGCUGUCAGCAGCACAUGACCGAGAACAUGGAUGCUUCGAACUGCCUUGGUGUUUACUAUUUUGCCCGUGACCUUGGUGCAGAGGAACUUGCUGACCAUGCUCAGCGCUUUCUUAGGCAACACUUUGUCCAAGUCUGCCAAAAUGAGGAGGUCCUGGAUCUGGAGGCCCAUCAGCUGGGGAAGCUCCUGAGUUCUGAUGACCUUAAUGUUUCCCUCGAAGAGACCAUUCUAGAUGUGGUCCUUAGCUGGGUCAAACACAGCACUCUGACAGAUGGAGAGGUCCGUUUUCUGCACCUUCCAGAGCUCCUGAGGAAGGUCCGUCUGCCACUGGUAAACCCUGACUAUUUAAGAGAGGCAAUAAGGAGGAACACGGCCCUGCUGGCUGAUGCUGAAUGUCUUGAGAUGGUCAAUCAAGCUUUGGAGGCCGCAUCGAUGCAUCCCUCAGCUGCACCACGCAAACUAAAGCUGCGGUAUGGCAUGGAGACCACAGAUCUGCUGCUCUGUGUCGGAAAUGACGGCAGUGGGAUUAGGUCAAGAUAUGGAAAUUUUUCUGAGCGCAGCUUUUGCUAUGCCCCAUCCACAGGCCGGAUCUACUAUAUCACGUCACCUCGCUAUGCAGAGGCUCUGGGGUAUGUGUGUGCCGGGGUUGUAACUGAAAGAAAUGACAUUAUAGUGGCCGGAGAGGCAGGAGCUCGCAGAAUGGCCCGACAGAAGGAUGUAAAUGUUGAGAUCUACAGGUAUAGAGUAGAGGCCCAAGGAAGCUGGGAGCGCCUGACGUCAGCAGAGUACCGUGAUUCAUAUGCUCUGGGGUCACUGGGUGACACUCUUUACCUGCUGGGUGGACAGAUGAAGCUGAAGAACCAGUUUCUCAUUACUAACUGUGUGGAGCGAUGGUCUAUGCAAGGAGGACCCUGGCGCAGUGCAGCACCCCUGCCUUUGCCUUUGGCCUAUCACAGCGUGGUCACAAUGAAAAAUCGCUUUUAUGUGAUAGGUGGUCGAACGCCACAGUCAUACCGGAUGGAUGAUGAGCCUGAAUGUCUUAGUAACCGCCUUCUGGAGUAUAAUCCAGACACAAAUAAGUGGACAGAGCUGUGUCCCAUGAAGUACUCAAAGUACCGCUGCAGUGUUGUUGUACUCAACGGUGAAAUUUUCGUGAUGGGCGGCAUUGGAUGCGAGGGUGUAGACCGUGGGCAAUCACGCCGCUGCCUCAAUGCUGUGGAGAUCUACAACCCAGAUGGAGAUUACUGGAGGGAUGGACCUCCUCUCCCAACUGCACAACUCUCACUGCGCACCAAUGCCUCUAACGCAGGAGUGGUGGGAGGCAAAAUCUAUGUGUGUGGAUACUACAAAGGAGCAGAUCGUCAUGAUAAUAUAACUAAGGACAUUUUGGAGCUGGACCCAUGGGAGAAGCGGUGGACAGUGGUGGCUCGGCACGCUCUGAUGCAUGACAACUACGACGUCUGCUUAGUGGCAAAUCUCAACCCGAGGGGUCUCAUGUCCCCCCCUGCAGACUUAGUUAAACAGUGACACCCCUGUCAGAUCAGGUCAAAGUUUGUGUGGGAGAAUUAGUGUAGGAAAUUAAUAAUGCACUUAUUGCUGGGCCAAAAGCAUUCACUUUUUUUUCAAGCAGAAAAGGUUGUAGUUGCCUGCAUGAAAGAGGAUCUGCUGUCAUUGAUUUGCACGUUUAGAGAUUCUCAUGUUAAUGAGAACAGAAAGAUAACUUGUAAAUACCGUAUGUUUGUUGUUUUUUUAUCUUGUUGUGUAACAUCAGAGACUGAUCACCUGAAACCUGCAGCUGUGUGACACAUGGCAUUAUCAGCAACGCCAGGAAAUUAUUUCCUUGGACAUACCCCCCCCCAACAAAAACAGUUUCAAGUUAUAAUUAGGGCUGCAAUUUAGUUAUUUUCAUUAUCAAUUAAUCUGACAUUUUUUUGGUCAUUAUUUAGUGUAUGAAAUGUUAAAAAUAGUAGACAAAUUGGAUUUACAAUUUCUCAGAGACCACGGUGAAGUCUGAAGUUUGUUUGUUUUGUCCAACUAACAGGCCAGAACCUUACACUAUUCAAUUUACUGUCACAUACAGUACGACAGAGAAAAACAGGAAUUCAUCACAUUCAAAGCCUGAACCAUUCGAUGUUUUGUAUUUUUGCUGAAUAAUGGCUGAAACAAUUAUACCAAUUCAUUUCCUGUCACUCAAAGGACAACCCAACCGCCAGAAAAAAUAUUGGCAUUCUAACUGUGGUGUAAGGUAGUUAUGAUAGGCCCCAGUGCACGCUAUCAUGCACAUACCGUCUCAUCACAUGAUCCUAGACACAACAUCAACAUGUUACCCAGCGAUCAUUAUUGCACUUUUUUAUGUAACAAAAAAUACCAAAGAAAAAUAUAUUUUUUAAUUAAUCUAAAUAAAUAAUUAUUCAUCUAAUUUAACAAUUUUAAUAGCUGAUUUAUAGUUAUAGAAUAAGUGUAUAAUUUCAUUGUAGAUGCUGUUAACUAUUUUACAAAAAAGAAAAAGAAAAAAAUAAACAUCACAGACUGUUUAACUUCACGAGAGUUCUUCUUUGAACACAGGCAUAUUUUCAUGGUGCCAAUCGCUCAUAAGGACCCAUUCUCGGAGGGCCCACUCUCUCUAUGGGCCCUGCACCUCAAAGGCACCAGUGCAUCUGCACUGCCUGCACUGUCUAUAUUUACACCGCUGCAUUGUAUGUUUCUGCAAACCACGGAUAUGUUACAUUUGUAUGUUAUGAUGUAGUGGAUACGUUAAAAUACCUGGUUUGGAGGGCACUAUCCACAAGAUGUGGAGGCUAAAAAGCCACUGGAAACACAGUGAUGACUUGCUACAACACAAAUGGUGUUGUUGUGUCUUUGUCUUUGGCAGCCAUCUGAUAGCACAGCACCAACUAUCCCCUUCACCUCUCGGCCACAAAGUCAGCCCAAAUAUAACUUCAGAAACACUGAUAUGUGUGUGAAAGACACAAAUGUAACCUGCUAGUGGUUUGCAGAAACGUACGCUAACAUUUUCUUCUCUCAAAUCAGCUGUAGUUCAGGAAGUGAUCAUUGUAGCUCUGGUUAUAAUUAUGGACUUCGAUAUAAAUCAUACCCGAGACACUGGUUUGGUCUAUUACUGCAGGGCAAAUAUUAAGCCUUAUAAUGCAUAUGGUUAAUUGACAUUGUCAGAUUACAUAUACAGUAUAAAACUGAAUAUUUUAUGUUGUAUCAUCAACUUGUUUCUUCCUUUUGUGGUAUUUUUGCUGAAGCAUAAUGAAAUGUUUUCUGCUAAUAAACACACACCUUAAUGAUA